AUGUUAAGAAACGUAUGUAUUCAACUAAAAAAUGGCUUACCAAAGAGCUACUCCACCUCAACGUCCUCACCAGCUUCGAGCGAACUGGCUGCCCUAGAACCCAGAAAACUAUUGUUCCCUUCCAACUACAAAAAACCGAGACAAGUAUGGCUGGAAAGUUUGGACACCAUCGACGAAAGAAAAUUGACGAUAUUAGAGCUCCACCCGGAAAUUUUCGCCGCCAACCCACGCAUCGACUUGAUCCACCAAAACAUCAAAUGGCAACAGAAUUACAGAUACGUAAGCUACGCUCACACAAAGUCUCGUUUUGAGGUGAGAGGCGGCGGCAGGAAACCGUGGCCCCAAAAAGGCCUGGGCAAAGCCAGACACGGUUCUAUCAGAUCGCCGCUGUUUAGAGGAGGCGGUGUCGUUCAUGGCCCCAAAUCGCCAACACCCCACUUUUAUAUGCUACCAUUUUACAUUAGAAUUCAUGGCCUUACGUCAGCUUUGUCCAUUAAAUUAGCUCAGGAUGACUUACACAUAGUCGAUAGUCUAGAAAUCCCUUCCGAAGACACCAGCUAUAUUGAUGAACUGAUAAAAAGCAGAUUAUGGGGCCCUUCGGUGUUAUUGGUGGACAGUGUGGAUAUUAUGCCUAGGAACAUUACAGCUGCAACUGAUACAAUCAAACAUGUCAACUUGAUGCCAGCGUACGGAUUGAAUGUUUAUUCAAUGUUGAAACACGAUACUUUGGUACUCACAAGAGGAGCAGUGGAUUUAAUUGAGGAAAAACUAUUGGGGCAUUUGCAUAAAAAUGAUUCUAGAGCUGUCGAGGCAAAAUAUAAGCUUAAUCAAGUAUAA